GGAAAGAUGACAGUUUGGUGGCUUUUGCUGGCUCUCAGCUGCCCGGGCUUGUCUGCUGGAUUGCAGAAGUCCAAUAAAUACGAAGGUUACAAAAUAUACGAGGUGUCUAGUAAAGCUCGCUCGGUGGCUUUAGAAGGAGCUCUUUCCGAAUUGGUCAAGAAUGCAUCUUACUAUGAGGUGUUCUCGGGCUUCAAAGGCGGUAAUUCGGCCAAGGUGAUGGUGCAUCCCGAUGAGCAAAUAAGCUUUGUGAAACUGAUGGAUGAUAACAAUGUGGCCUAUGAUAUUCUCAACCGGAAUGUGGGCCUCACUUUGAGUCGGCAAUUCGAAACGAACCGCAUGUUGCGCCAAUGGUUCCCUUACAAUGGAAGAUUGGGAACGGAGAGGUAUUACAAUCACGAUGAGAUCAACCAGUUUAUCGAGGACCUGGCUAAGGAAUAUCCUCGUCGGGUUUUCCUGAAAACGGUUGGCAAGAGUUACGAGGGUCGAUGGUUGAAAACCGUCACUAUAACUAAUGGAGAUGCCAGGCGUAAUAAGAAUGUGAUCCUUGUGGAUGGUGGCUUCCAUGCCCGGGAAUGGAUCUCACCAGCAGCUGUAAUUUAUCUGAUCUCUCAGCUGGUCGAUAACUUACAGGACAAUGCUGAUCUGCUGCAGGACUUCGAUUGGGUUAUCCUUCCCGUUGUUAAUCCCGAUGGCUAUGAGUACACCCAGUUGUCGGAGGAGACUCGCUUUUGGCGUAAGACCCGAAAACCCAGCAGCCCCGAUUGCAUCGGUACCGAUCCAAACAGGAACUUUGAUUUCCACUGGAAUGAGACGGGUGCCUCGUCGGAUCCAUGUAGUCUUACAUAUGCCGGAGAGAAGGCUUUCUCAGAACCUGAGGCUCUGGUGGUAAGAGAUCUCAUCCAUAGCUAUGUGGAUAGGGGAAAAAUGUACUUGACAUUGCAUUCCUAUGGUUCACUUAUUCUGUACCCUUGGGGAUGGACGGAAGGUGUCCCCGAUACUGUUGCCGACCUACAUGAGGUAGCUGCAGAAGGUCAAAAUGCUAUUGUGGAGGCCACAGGCACUGAAUAUUCGAUAGGACCUUCAACGACAACCAUAAAUUAUGCUGCUGCUGGAGCUAGUGACGAUUAUGCCUUCAAUGCUGGCUUCCCGAUUUCCUUUACCAUGGAACUGCCCGCUGGUGGUACUGGAUUUGAUCCUCCAGCCUCGGACAUAGAUCAUUUAGUUAAGGAGACCUGGGUGGGCAUUUCGGCAAUGGCCCGGAGAGUCAUUCAAAAAUAUCCCCUGGCCUAAUCGUGAAAUUCAGUUUAUAACUUUCUUGACCACUAUGACUAACUCAAUAAAAUGGUUCAGUUCGCUAGCAAA